CAGCGCCGGCCACUAGAUGUCGCUGUUUCUCUCCCCGGUGACACGGGGUGAAGAGGCGGGGAGGCGCCGCGAACCCGACCCGCCCGCUGGCCCUCAGCCCGGCGGCUCAAUAACUGUCCGGUGACAGCAGCAGCUGUUCACAGACCCGCGCAGCUCACAACAUGAGCGGCUGCGGGAAGUUUCCCUGAACCCCCCCGGUGAUCCGGUGCGGCCCAGAGGAACCGCCGCCAUGUCCCCGCUGCAGCUGUCCGUCUACUGGCGGCUCUCGCUGCUCUUCUUCUUCACGCCCUUCCUCUUCUUUCUCGACAUUUUCGCGGCCGCCGUCGCCGCCCGGACCUGUCGCCGUGACAACGCCUCCGACGCGGCGGCCGCGUCCUGGCGCGGCGCGCUUCCGCCCGACGCGGACUGGAGCAACCAAUCGCAGCGCGGGGACGCUGCGGAGGCGGACGCCGAUUGGAGGACGGAGCCGAUGCAGGAAGAGUCAGUGUGCAGCUGGACGGACUGGUUGUCCUAUGGUCAGACCGUCUACAUGGUGGGACUGCUGCUGGGAUCUGUGGUGGGCGGCGCCGUUUCAGACAGGUACGGGAAGCGUCCGGUGCUGCUGGCCUGCGCGUGCGUGCACGCCCUCUGCGGCCUGGUGCCGGCCGUCUUUCCUCAGCCGCUCCUCUUCCUCGCCGUCCGCUGCCUGACGGCCGUCUGCUGCUGCUGCAUCAACAUCUGCGCCUUCAGCCUCGCUGUGGAGUGGACCCUCCCGGCCGCUCGGCUCUGGCCGCCGGCCUUCCUGCCGUUCUGCUUCAGCCUGGGGACGAUGGCCGGAGCUCCGCUGGCCUGGCUGAGCCCCACCUGGACGUACCUGCACCUGUCGCUGGCCCUGCCGCAGAUCAUCUGUCUGCCCCUCUACCUGUCCAUCCCGGAGUCUCCCCGCUGGCUGCUGCUGUGGAGGAGAAAGGAUGUUUUGGAGGGUUACCGCAGCAACAGCCCCGCAGACCAAAAGUGCCUGGACCUGCUGCUGGACUCGGCCUGGUCCGACCUGCAGAGCGCCGCCGAGGCUCAGGCGCAGACGGCGGGCGGCGGAGGCCACGCCCCCGGCGACGUCGCCCACCUGCGGCACCCGACCAUCCUCCUGCGGCUGUUCAUCAUGAGCUACCUCAGCGCCGCCACAGCCCUGACGUACUACGGCAUUUGCCUGAACAUCGGCUCCUUCGGCGUCGGCGUCUACGCCGCCCAGUUCUUCUCCGGCCUGUCGGAGGCGCCCUCUCUGCUGGUCCCUUUGAUUCGGCUGGGCCGGCGCCUGAUCUGCAUGCUGGCUCUGUUCCUGAGCGGAGCCGCCUGCUUUAUAUCCCUGCUGCUGUCCAGAUAUCACGGAACGCCGGCGCUGGUCAUGGGUCUGGCUCUGCUGGGCAAACUCUGCAUCCUGGCUGCAACCUUCAUCUCGGUGCUGUACUGCAUCGAGCUGUUUCCCACCGUAGUCAGGUACAAGACAGCGCUGCAUAUCUCUGGUCAACCUUUCAUACCGACUCGGCUGUCUGGUCACCACCUUCGUGCCUCCCGGCCCCACUGGAGCCAUCUCAUUGGCUGCCAUGGUGGUGUACAGCAGCGGACCAAUCGUAGGCUGCGGUCUGUGCCUGCUGCUGCCAGAAACCAGCGGGGUACCACUCCCCGACUCCUUGGAGGACUGCAACAAGCAGCCCAAGAACCAAGCAGCUAUCUUCGACGCCCUCUGGAGGCCACGGAUGACGUUGAGCAGCCAAACCAAGACAGAGAUGCCCCUGCCAGACAAGGUGGACAUCCAAACACCAAACACACCGUUUCUUCAAGAGUCGCAAUAAGCUAGGACCAAAGAGCCAAAGGAGCACAAAAGUCCAAAGUCCGUGUUGGAUUCUAGUUGAGACUGCAAGAACCUCCACGGCUCUGAUGGUUCGGUUCAUCUCAAACAGCAGUGGGAGGAUGUUUAAGUUUGUUUGUAUUGUUUUAUUUUAAAUGUAUUUAGUUGUUUUUAACACUGCAAAUGAACCAAUCUAAAGGCUAGAGUCUCUCCUGGUAAAUAAGUUUACUGCUACAGAUUUUUUUUUUUAAUGAAGCCAACCAAGCUGGUUAAUCAGCACCCCCAACUGGUCAAAUAAAACUAAUUGAUGCAUCAAGAUAUUUCAAUCAUCUUCCUUAGUUUAAACUGUCUUGGUGCCGUGAUUUGCCUUUUUAUACCUCAAACUCAUGUUUUUUUUUCCCUUCCUUUUUGUGGCGUUUCAUUAAAUAACAUAUUGUGAGCAUUGACGGCUCAAUUCCUGUAGUUACAGCAUCCUCUGCAGGUUGAGACUGCCAACCUCAGCCUCGAGCAUGAACCAGUUGCAGUCAAUCAGAUUGGGACCCCCAUCACUCCUCCACUCAGCACCGGAGCACCCCAAGGCUGUGUACUGGCCUCCCUUCUCUUUUCACAGUACACAAAUGACCAUUUAUUAUCCCAGAUUGCCAAAAAAAUAUCAAAUUUUCAGAUGACAGCUUAGUUGUAGGGCUGAUUACUGAAGGCAUUGAGAGCACCUAUAGAGAGGAGGUACCAAGACUAAGUGACCAGAGUUCAGACACCAAAAAAAAAAAAAGACAAAAGAUCUCAACACUGACUUCAGAAAACAGAAGGAGUAGCAAGUCUCCAGUUUUAUAUUCCUGGAAACAUCUCAGGAAUCCCCACCAACGAUGACGUACUUGGACUGCCACAACAUCACUUGGACCUCCUUGUACCACUACUGUGUGUGAACGGGCGAAUGACUAAAGGGCUUUGGGAGUCAUCUGACUUGUCAAAGCUAUACAAGUACAAGACAUUUACCCUUUACUGCUGUACCACAGAGUCCUGGCCUCUGGAUUCCUUGCAUCACCAGAGACCGUUACCAUCCAGCACACAAAGCCGUUUCAUCUUCUUCCAUCAGGGAAGAGAUGCAGGUCCAUAAAGGCACGGACAACAGUUUUUAGCCAAAGGCCAUUGCCAAACUGAACCCUGCAGGAAUCACUUCGACAACUGAAUACUGUGCAGAACACUUAAUCUGAACGACACUGUGAAAAAGACUGUUGCAAUAAUUUCACACUGUGGGUGAAAACCCUUUAGAUUAUUUAGUUGUGCUUUGAUUUUUUUUUCUUUAUUCUCACCUGGCCAGCUAUAGUGGAUCACACCUGAAUCUUGUUACGUAACCUAUGCAGCGACAGUAAAGGAAUCCUGUAUUCUGUUAUAAACAUAGAAUUGCAGUUGUACAUAAAGUGCUGCAAAUGUAAAAUGUGAAAAUCCAAAUAUCCGUUGUUUUCUUCAGAUUAUUUCAUUUUGCGCCAUAACGAACGGCAAUAAUAAACCAGAUUUGCUCAUUUCUCUUUUA